GCCAGGAAACUCAAAGUGUGUUAAGUGCUGUGGGUAAUUCGGAAGAAUCUACUUUUUUUGUUUUUACAUCAAGAGUUCUAUGUUAAUGACAUGGACACGAUGCACAAAAAACCGCAAAGCAUACCCGCUGCAUUAGUAAAGUAACUACUUUCUUAUCAGCGCAGCCAUGCAGGGGCACCGGUGGGCGGUGUAGCCCAACUCCUGCCAGGAUGGGCACGGCCUCUUCCCUGGUGAGCCCCGGCGAGGUGAUCGAGGAUGCGUACGCGGGCGAGGCGGGGGAGGCCUGCGAGAUUCCCGUGGAGGUGAAACCCAAAGCCCGGCUCCUGCGCAGCUCCUUCCGCCGGGCUCCGCGGGUCAUCGGGGCCAGCUUCAAGUCCACGGCCUCGGUGGACCUGGAGUUCGCCGCCGAGUACGAGAGGCUCAAGAAGGAGUACGAGAUCUUCCGGGUCAGCAAGAACAACGAGAUCAGCUCCAUGCAGAAGAAGGAGGCCAAGCUUGACAAAGAGAACAAGCGCCUGCGAGCAGAAUUACAGGCCCUACAGAAGACCUACCAGAAGAUGCUGAGAGAGAAAGAAAGUGCCCUGGAGGCCAAGUAUCAGGCAAUGGAAAGAGCUGCUACCUUUGAACACGACAGAGACAAAGUCAAGCGCCAGUUUAAAAUCUUCCGGGAGACAAAGGAAAAGGAAAUUCAGGACCUGCUCAGGGCCAAGAGGGACCUGGAGGCCAAACUGCAGCGUCUGCAGGCCCAGGGGAUCCAGGUGUAUGAUGAUGCGGACGACUCUGACUCAGAUGACAACCGCACAGACGUCACUGCUGCAGGAACUCAGUGCGAGUACUGGAGUGGGGGCGUGCUGGGGAGUGAGCCCUCUAUGGGUAGUAUGAUGCAACUGCAGACGUUCAGAGGCCCUGAGUUUGCCCACAGCCUAAUUGAUGUAGAAGGCCCUUUCGCUAAUGUAAACAGAGAUGACUGGGAUGUGGCUGUGGCCAGUCUGCUGCAAGUGUCUCCUUGUGUUUCCCAGUCUCUCUGGAGUAACACUGUGCGUUGUUACCUUAUUCAUACCCCCGAAACUCAAGCUGAUAUGGAUGCCUUUCUCAAGAAUUACUAUUGCAGACUGCAGACGCUGUGUGAAGGACGGGGUCACUUCUACCUGAACGUCAGUUUUCCUGAAGACAGUGCCACUCGUUACACUGCAGAGCGAAGGGAAGAGAUAGAGAAAAGCUCCCUGUGUGUAGUGUUCCUGAAAUCCUCUGUGACAAACACUUUGAUUGAAGACACCGAGGAAGCCUUUCUGAAGAACACCGAAAUGCGGCCUCUGCUUGUUUACCUCAGAAAUGUAGAAAACCAGCCUCUUUCAGGACCAGUGGGAGAAUUCAUGGAAAAAAUCACUGCAGCAGGCAACACUGACAAAGUGAAGGUUAUUAAUCACAGUGGUGACACAGAAGAAGGGGCCUAUGAAGUUUAUACUGUCCUGGAAAAACUCAUUAAACAGGAGUUAUUGGGAUAUGAAAGUGUUGAUUCGGAAAACAGGGAAGACCAUGAGGAGGAUUUUGGAGACGUCCUGUGGGACAUGCACGACGAGCAGGAGCAAACUGAAGCCUUUCAGCAAGCCUCCAGGUCCACCUGCCAGCUGGGCUUUCAGAAGUACAUUGAGCGACUGAAUGACAUGGUCGCUGCCCCUCCACCCAUCCCACCUCUUCUGGUAUCUGGGGGACCUGGAUCAGGCAAAUCUCUUCUCUUAUCCAAAUGGAUUGAGCUUCAACAGAAGCACUCACCAAACACCUUGAUACUGUACCAUUUUGUCGGUAUGCCUUCAUCUACCAGUUCAGAGCCUGUGUUGCUGAUUAAACGGCUGACUGUAAAGCUCCUCCAGCACUUUUGGUCAAUUUCGGGCUUGCCAAUGGACCCUUGCAAGAUAUUGGAAGAGUUUCCCCGUUGGCUUGAGAAACUGUCUGCGCGCCAUCAAGGCAACAUCAUCAUCAUUAUAGAUUCCAUUGAUCGGAUACAGCAAGCUGAAAGGCACAUGAAGUGGCUGAUCGAUCCACUGCCUGUCAAUGUGAGGGUGAUUGUUUCUGUCAAUGUGGAGACCUGCCCACAGGCUUGGAGAUUGUGGCCAACACUCCAUCUUGAUCCUCUUAAUGCUGGGGAUGUGAAGGCUGUUAUUUAUACAGAGUGUCAAAGUGCUGAAAUCAAACUUACCAAAGAACAGGAGAAGAAACUGGAAAGACAUUGUCGCUCUGCCACAACAUGCAAUGCCUUGUACGUCACCCUGCUGGCUAGAUUGGUAACCAGAAUCCCAACAGUGUGGAGUAUGGAUGCUGCCCUUGAACAGUGCUUUCAGUGCCAGGACACAGUGUCUCUUUACAGGCUGGGGCUGAGAGUGGUACAGAAUACACUGUGCACAGAGAGAGAAAAGCACAUCAUGAGAGAGAUGGUGUGUCUAGUCUCUAUGAGUCACAAUGGAGUGAGUGAGUCUGAGGUGCUGGAUAUGUUUCCUGACCUGACCUUCCCAGUGUCCGCCUGUCUUCUGCACAAGCUGAAGAACCUGUGCUUUGUGACCUUUGGCUGCGGACUGAUCAAGUUUCAGCAUUUUCAGGCUUGGGAGGCAGUGAGACUUGAGUACAUGAACGGAAAGCUUAAUUCUUCUAUACACAGAGAGAAACUCAUCCAGUACUUCAGCCAACAGCUCAGCCAGGACAGAGUGACGUGGAGGGUCGCGGACGAGCUGCCAUGGUUGUUUCUGCAGCAGGAAGAGAAACCAAAGCUACACAGUAGUCUGCUUAACCUGUUCAUCUCCCAGAAUCUUUAUAAAAGGGGUCAUUUUUCACAGUUGCUGGCCUAUUGGCAGUAUGUAGGGAAGGACAAAAACUCCAUGGCCAGCGAGUAUUUUGACUCACUGAAGCAAUACGAGAAGAGCUGUGAGAGCGAGGAUAGCAGGACCCAACUGGCCAACCUUUACGAAACCCUAGGACGAUUCCUGAAGGAUCUGGGUCUUCUCAGUCAGGCUGUGGCUCCCUUACAGCGCUCACUGGAGAUACGAGAGACAGCACUGGACCCUGAUCACCCCAGCGUGGCUCAGUCUUUACACCAGUUGGCUGGGGUCUAUGUGCAGUGGAAGAAGUUUGGCAAUGCCGAGCAACUGUACAAACAGGCCCUGGAGAUCAGUGAAAAUGCCUAUGGGUCAGAUCACCCCAGAGUGGCUCGUGAAUUGGACUCUCUCACAAUACUGUACCAGAAACAAAACAAAUUUGAACAAGCUGAAAAACUGAGGAAGAGGUCUUUAAAGAUAAGACAGAAGACUGCUCGUCAAAGAGGGAACAUGUAUGGGUUCACCCUCCUGCAGCGCCGGGCCCUUCAGCUGGAGGAGCUGACUCUGGGCAGCGACACCGCGGACAACGCCAGAACCCUUAAUGAGCUGGGCGUGCUCUACUACUUGCAGAACAACCUAGAGGUGGCCAAAGCUUUCCUUUCCCGAUCCCUAGAGAUGAGGCAGCGUGUGUUGGGGCCAGACCACCCAGACUGCGCUCAGUCCCUCAACAAUCUAGCGGCACUGCACUGCGAGAGGAAGGAGUACGAGAGGGCAGAGGAGCUGUAUGAGAGAGCACUGGAGAUCAGGAAAAGAGCCUUGUCGCCAGACCACCCCUCACUGGCGUACACCGUCAAACACCUUGCUAUGCUCUACAAGAGGAGGGGAAAAUUAGAGAAGGCUGUUCCACUGUAUGAAUUGGCUGUUGAGAUUCGGGAGAAGUCUUUUGGGCCAAAACACCCUAGUAUAGCGACUGCCUUGGUAAACCUGGCUGUGUUAUACUGCCAGCUGAAGCAGCACAUGGAAGCACUGCCUCUCUAUGAGCGAGCUUUGAAGAUCUAUGAGGACAGCCUGGGUCGGUCUCACCCGCGGGUGGGUGAGACUCUCAAGAACCUGGCUGUGCUGAGUUACGAAGAAGGAGAUUUUGAAAAAGCCGCGGAGCUCUAUAAAAGAGCUAUGGAGAUUAAAGAAGCAGAGCCAUCGCUGGUCUGUGGAAAAGCCCCGUCCAGACACUCAUCCAGCGGGGACACAUUCAGUCUGCGGAAUGCUCUCCAUCCCAACGCCAGCCUAGAGGUCGGGAACAGGUGACCUCUGCUGCACAUCCAGAAUAAACAGCGUUAUUCUUGUACUAGUAGGGGUUACUCACGAUGGACAUUGUCUCAGAUUUAGAAUCUAAAGGCAUUCAUACAAACAACAGUAUCCAGAUAGUUGUAUUUAUUGUGCAUCUAUGGCUCUGUAUAGGAAUAAUGUUACUGUAUGUACUGUAGGUCAAUGGCCAUUGGCAUACUUAAGAGGUCGAAGAAGCUGUAUACAACUUGAUGGAUAUUAUGCUAUUGGGAAUUUAGACUGUUCAAGUUUUAUAUAAAGGAUGAUAACAUUUGUUUUA